AUGGCCUCAAGAAGCCAAGCCGGCGUUAUUUCCAAUCAUCCUCUAAGUGAAAAAAUAAAUCAACCAUCAUAUUCAUUAUCUUCCUCUUCGGUUUCUAAUCCUAACAAUUCACUUGUUUCACUAACUUCACUUCCAAUUGAACUUGUAUCAGAAAUCUUUUGUAGAUUUCCAGUGAAGCUUCUCCUUCAACUUCGAUGCCUCAACAAAUCUCUAAAUUCUUUAAUCUCUGAUCCAAAAUUCACAAAAAAGCAUCUUCAAAUGUCAAUCACGCGCCACAAAGUCGUCUUAAAAUCCAAAGAUAAGUCCCAUGUAAUCUCUUACCCACUUCAAUCCAUUUUUAACUCAAUCAUCCUUAACCCUACCCAACAUGAUAUCCCUUUCAACGAAAAACACUUCAACAUCAUCGGAUCUUGUGAUGGAAUCCUCUGUUUAGUUGUCAACCUAUUCUCUGUUAUUCUAUGGAACCCUUCCAUUCAAAAGUUCAAAAGGUUACCAUCUUUGAAAAGUCCAUUUCAAAGAGGUAGAAGUGUUAAUGUGGAGUAUGAUUUUGGAUAUGAUACAUCAAUUGAUAUUUAUAAGUUGGUUGUUAUUUUUACUAAUGCUAGUGUUAAAAAAGCUAAAAUUAAGGUUCAUGUUUUGGGUACUAAUUCUUGGAGAAUGAUUCAACGGGAUAUUCCUGUUCCGGCUAUUGAAUCAUUGUGUUUUGUGAGUGACAUGUUUAAUUGGUUGGAUGAUACCAAUUAUAAUAUUAUAUCUUUUGAUUUGAAUAAUGAAUCAUAUAACAAGUUUAUGCUGCCAAAUUAUGGAGAUGUUUGUGUAUCAUAG